AGCAACUCAAUGCUUGCGCUCAGGUGCACCUUGAGAAUUCGGGUGAAGCAAGUGUGCUUUCGGGCGUCUUCAAGAUUGAGCUGCAUCCGACUUCAACACAGGAUGUCGUCCUCCAUUCCAGUUGCAGCUGUGUGCCAGGUGACAGCAACCCCAGACAAGGAGGCCAACUUCUCCGCCUGCAGACAGUUGGUGAAGGGGGCUAAGGAAGGCGGGGCCAGCAUGGUGUUCCUACCAGAAGGGUUUGACUACAUAGGCUCCAGUCGAGAAGAAACAUUGAUGCUGUCUGAGAGUCUGUCUGGAGAUAUCAUAUCCCACUACAAACAACUGGCCAGUUCGUUGGGAGUGUGGCUCUCUCUUGGUGGAUUCCAUGAAAGAGGACAUGAAUGGGAGGCCGACAGACGAAUCUAUAACAGUCACAUCAUUAUUAAUGAUCAAGGUGAGAUUGUGUCAGUGUACAGAAAGUCCCACUUGUUUGACGUUGAGCUUCCAGAGAAAGGCGUAUCCCUAAGAGAGAGUGCCUUCACCAUACCUGGACCGUCCCUGGUUCCCCCUGUACAAACACCCAUUGGCAAGGUUGGACUGGGCAUCUGCUAUGAUCUGAGAUUCCCUGAGCUGUCAUUGGCCCUGCUGCGGCAGGGGGCGGACAUCCUGACCUACCCAUCGGCCUUCACUGUUGCUACGGGAACAGCCCAUUGGGAAACAUUGCUCCGUGCCCGGGCCAUCGAGACGCAGUGCUUCGUCCUGGCGUCGGCCCAGGUGGGCAGGCACCACGAGAAGCGCUCGUCGUACGGCCACGCGCUGGCGGUGGACCCCUGGGGGGCGGUGAUGGGGGACUGCGGAGGGGAGCAGACGGGCAUGGCCCUGGUGGAGGUGGACCUGGAGAAGCUGAGGAACACCAGGAGGAACAUGCCCGUCCAGCAGCACCGACGACACACCGGCUUCUACCACGGCUUAGACGAGGAGCAGUAGCCACAGAGGCCUUUUGGUGUCUUGCCGGGCUGCUUUUGUAAAUAAGAUUAUGUUCUUAAGUGAUUUGCCUGGUAAAAGUAAAAUACAAAAUAAUAAAUUCCAGAGUCAACUCAAA